CAAGCAUUUUUUUCAUAAUGAUUAAACCUUUCUAAAACCUUUAAAAUACAAUUGACAAAUAUAUGAAAGCUUAUGUACCUUUUUCCUUUAAUUUUAGUCAUGAUUUCAUUGGAGAAUUUACAACAAGCUAUAGGGAACUUUCUAGAGGGCAGUCACAAUUCAACGUAUAUGAGGUGGUGAAUCCCAAAAAGAAAGGAAAAAAGAAAAAAUAUAGUAAUUCUGGAACAGUAACUUUACUCUCUUUCUUGGUAGAAACAGAAGUUUCAUUCCUUGACUACAUUAAGGGAGGGACGCAAAUCAAUUUCACAGUGGCUAUUGAUUUUACAGCAUCAAAUGGCAACCCUGCUCAGCCCACUUCCCUCCACUACAUGAAUCCUUACCAACUGAAUGCCUAUGGUAUGGCACUAAAAGCAGUGGGAGAAAUCGUUCAAGAUUAUGACAGUGAUAAAAUGUUUCCAGCUCUAGGUUUUGGUGCAAAACUGCCUCCAGAUGGAAGGAUAUCUCACGAAUUUGCACUGAAUGGGAACCCUCAAAACCCCUAUUGUGAUGGCAUUGAGGGGGUCAUGGAGGCUUAUUACAGGAGUCUGAAAUCUGUACAACUAUAUGGGCCCACCAACUUUGCUCCUGUAAUUAAUCAUGUAGCAAGAUACGCUUCUUCUGUAAAGGAUGGCUCCCAGUAUUUUGUGCUUCUGAUUGUUACAGAUGGUGUUAUCUCAGAUAUGGCCCAGACUAAGGAGUCCAUAGUUAAUGCCUCAAAACUUCCAAUGUCAAUAAUUAUAGUUGGUGUUGGACCAGCAGAAUUUGAUGCAAUGGUUGAAUUGGAUGGAGAUGAUGUAAGAGUCUCCUCUAGAGGAAAAUAUGCUGAAAGAGACAUUGUACAGGUAAGAAAUAAAUCUUUUCCUACUUUACUAUUGCUAGAAAAUAUCACUGGGAUAUUUUAA